CCUUGUGAGUAUUGCGAUAACAAGAGAUUUUUGUAUGGGUGAUGGUGUUGAUGCUGCCAGGCUGCGUCGUCGAAGCUGUGCCUGUGCCUGGGCCAGACCAGCCGCGCCCGCCGCGUGCGCAAUCGAUAAACUAGCGGACCCGCCUGCCACGCUAGACCCCUGAAGUUGCCGGCGAACGGCAGAUUGCUGAUCCCAUCCGUCAGGCAUCACCUUCAAUCCUCAACACUCACAGUCUGCCCAAGAUGCGUGUUCUUGGGUUACCACUCGCUUCGCUUCUACUCUCCUCCGCAUUUGCACAGGAUGACGUCGACUUCCCAGAGUGUAGCAAGGAGGAUGCAGAUGUAGAGAAGUGCGCACAGAAGAUCGAUAACGUUGUCGAAGUUACACCCGGCAUCUCGUACUUCACAAAGAUAGCAUGCAAGGACUGUCCUUAUGCAGAAACAUGGAACGAAGACUCGGAUGAUGGCAAGCCGGAGAGCAGGAUCACACAUGGCGACCAGGAAAUGUUCUUCAACGUCACCCUAGCAAACGACACGCGCUCUAUCCUCCUCAACGGCAAGAAGAUCUUUCCGGCCCUCAACACGAUUCCGAAUCCGCCGCACAUCUCCGUCUCACUCCUGCACCCCGACUUCUCGUACAAAAACCUCACCGCCGCAACCUCCUGCUCGGAUCCGACCUGCUCCAGCCCAAAUAUUGGCACCGACUGCACAGAAUGGUGCCAAACGCUCCCCCUCGGUCGCAUGCUCGUCGACUACUCCUACUCCGCGCACCUUCAAAAAGAGGAGCCGGACGCAAACAUCCGCUUCUGGGAGAUCAUAUUUGAUCCCGUCGGCGGCCGCAGUAUGCCUGUUGCUGGGUUGAGCAGCGUCUCGACACCCUGGACGUUCGACGACCCCGACCGCAAGUCGCUGCAUAUCGUCGUCGCGGGGCAGCCCGUCAAGCGCGGACACGCCGUUAAACCGCACAAUUCGCAGGACGGCGGGCUGUUUGGUUCUGUUGGUGGUGAUGAAGUGUACAACCUCGAGAUCACGAAGGUGGAGCAGGUGAUGCGGCGCUUCAACUUCGCUUCACCAAAGCUCAGCGCCUGGGGCAAGAUCCGUCGGUUCUUUGGCGGCGAUGUGUGGGAAGAGGAAGGCGAGUUGGUGUACUUGAGUGAGGAGUGGGGCAUUUGGGGGAAGAAGGGCACGUUGAGGAAUCUUGUUGGUGACGUCUUCCACUCCAACUUCGUUGGGCUGUUCUUCAUCAUCAUUGGGUCUAUUGUUGGUGGAUUCAUUGCGCUGCGCAUUGUUCAGGGCCUUUACCUAUUUGCCAAGCAGCAGAGUGGGUUGGCGAGGUGGAAGGGCAUUGAUGCUGUGUAUAGCCAGCUUAAUCAGGAGAGGGGUCCGGAUGACGAGGAGGAGGGCGGAUUCCGAGGGGAGUGGAGAGGUGACUGGAGAGGUGACUAUAGGGAUAGUUACGACGAAGGCGGGAGUCGUGCGAGUAUGGGCUGGAAUGAAGAGAGGAUGAAGCCCUUGCCGACCAAGCCGCUGCCUGAGAAGCCAUUGCCUCAGGAGCCGCUUAUUGAUACUUAGAAACUUCAGGAGCUGAGCGUCCGUGAGUAAGUGGAACAUCAUUUUCUUGCGGUUACUUCAAAUCUAGACGUUAUCCAUUAUCAGAGUCUCUUCUUGUCGAUAUCUUGACCCUUUCUACAUCCCUUUUGCAUAUCAGGAUACUGCUUUCUCCCUUGGAAGCGUGCGUUAUAUCAUCCUUUAGGAAUAGCAUAGGCGUAACUGUCUUAUCGUA